AUGACAAGUCGCUAUAAGCCCGAGCUCCUCAAGUUCAUGUCCUACAAGGACGGCGUCGAGUACAACAGCGAUCACGCCUUCACUAUGGAGGAGUUGCUUGCUAUAACCCCCGAGCACGUAUGCCACUGGAUGAAUGAGCUAGCGUACGGAAGCCCAGUCCCCAGCGACGACAUGAGACCUGUUCAUCGCAGAGAUGCCACUUUAGAGUUCUCGAAGAAAGCCAUAUCAUCCUUCAUGCCCCGAAUAAACGCAUCGUGGGAUCCUGUGACAGCGCACGGAAAUCCUACGCGAUCAGACGCAGUUAAUAAGCUGAUUAAGCGAGUGAAGAAGUUUGAGGUUCGCAGAGAGGGUGUCGAGCCAAAAGCGCGGCGAAGCCUGGAGUUUGACGAGUUCCUGAAUUCGUUGUCUCUUGUGCGCUCAAAAUGGGGGAAGGGUGAGACGGCGUACAUGGUGAGCAGCGUCCUUACCUUGCAGUGGCACAUUAUGGCUCGUAUAGAUGACAUGAUGAAGUUACAGUUUGCCAAUUUUGUGCCGAAUAGGCAGUACCCUUCCACGCUAUUGUGCCAGAUGCGAUGGUCGAAGAACAUACAUGAAGAACGAGACGCCCCUGAGCAGAUUGUACUCGGCAGUAUGGACCCAAAAAUGUGUGCGUUACUCAACUUGGCCGUCUACAUUGAGACGAGCACGAAUGUUUCUAACUCGGAGUUCAUCUACGGUCACCCGAAGGAUGGGAAUCGCGUGGUGCGUCGGUUUCUGGGAGACAUCAUUACAAACACCGCUUUUAAGAAUAUGAAGACAGGGAAACUUGGAACACACAGCUUUCGCAAGGGUGCAGCAACGUAUGCUUCUCGGUGCGGAAUGUCAAAGGACUUUGUUAACCGCCGUGGUCGCUGGAGGACACGCAAAGGCGUUGUUGACGUCUACAUUGACAACACGCAGCCAUACCCCGAUGCCUGCACCGCAGCAGCACUGGCGGGACCACUAGGUCCAUGUUUCUACGUACGCAAACAUGGGAUUGACUGUGUUUCUCCAACACUAUUAGUUGACCAGAUAGCACCUACAAUCAAACAAGUGAUGGGUGAGGCGGUGGCAACUACACUGGCGAUGCCGUUGUUAUGGGCAGCUAUAGAACCCUCUGACAACUACACAUACGAGCUCAUUCCAGAUCGACUCAAGCAGAAAAUUAUUGGCGCUUACGUUAAUUCGGGAGGGAGUGAAUCUCUAAAUCCGAUAGACCGAAUAGUGCAACAGACGUUAAUCGUCGAGGAAUUAUUGCUGGUAGCAGCACAGGAGGAGAAGGUUCUUGCCGAGAGUUUGCUGCUCUUCACUCGCAGUAUGCAGCCGUACAGCGUUUAG